CAUAGCCACAACAUCCUCACAAAACAAACCUCAAUGGAAGCUUCAAUAAUCAAUGUUGAAUGUGAAGCUGCUCAACCCUCAAGCUCCUCUCAUUCUCAUUCCUCAACAAAAUUCAGGUCCCAAAAGUCCUCUAAAACCAGCACAAGAAAUUUGGUUAAUGAUGAGAAGCAUCCAACUUAUAGAGGAGUAAGAAUGCGUCAAUGGGGGAAAUGGGUUUCAGAAAUAAGGGAGCCGAGGAAGAAAUCUAGAAUCUGGUUAGGGACUUAUGCAACCCCAGAAAUGGCUGCUAGAGCUCAUGAUGUCGCUGCUCUUACAAUUAAAGGUCAUUCAGCUCACCUCAACUUCCCGGAGUUAGUUCAUCAGCUUCCCCGUCCGGCCACUUCGUCGCCCAAGGACAUUCAAAUUGCUGCUGCUAAAGCAGCUGCUUUAAGCUAUAACCCUACACCCCAUGCCCAUCAACUUGAAGCUCCUCACUCCCCAGCAAGCACUGUGGCUUCUCAAGAAUCCUCCACCUCACCUUUCUAUCAUAAUAACUAUGAAGAUGAUGAAUUAUUUGACCUCCCUGAUCUCUCCCUUAAUGGAAUUCAUCAAAUCCAUGAAUUCUGGAACUCUUUUGUAUGGCAGCCUGCAGAUUCUGGAUUCUGGUAUGAAGAGGAACCACUCUUAUGGAAUUGAAUAUCAUUUCAUCUUUAGUCAUAUGAAAUAGUAAUUAAGUUCAAGUUUGAAUGUUAAUGUAUUGUUUAGACUCUGUAUGAAGUGAUUUCAUUUGACAAGAACAUACAAUAUUAUUGUAUGUAUAUAUAUUUAUAUAUAGAAAA